AUGCUUGAUUAAUGUUAGUAUUUCACAUAAGAGCAAUCUCAUCAAUUUCUUGGUCAAAGAAUUGAAAAGCGAAUGUAUCCCAGACAAUACAGGGCCAAGAAUAGACUCUUAAGUUAGCUUUUGGGUAAGAUCGAAAUCAAGCCUAUGCCCUUUGAAAUCAUGUCCAUUACUAAUAUGAGCAAUGCAAGCAAGGAUUGCGCAGAGAGUGACAACAUCCAAGAUAAUUUGAAGUUAUUUGAUGAUCAAGAAAAAACUGAAGUCCCUCACACGGAAUUGCAAGAGAAGGCCAGACAAUGUUGCAACUUAUUAGAAUGUUCGAAGGAAGAUAUUCAAGACGUCGGUGAGUUGUCAUAAUUAUUUGGUCAGAUUAUAGAGAUUUUGCAAUAAUCUAAAUAGAAAAAUUUGUACUUCAUAACCCCAUACAACUUCGAGGUGGAAAACAAGCAAAGGAGGCUUAUGUAUAAUUCUGAGGCCUUGACCAAUUUGAUCAAACGACUGAAGGCUGGCAGAUUGUAAACUCAAACCAAAUCCCUAUUUAGAUCGAGGAUUCAAACUCAAUCAAUUGGGAAACAAAUCCAAAAGACUGAACUCAAUGAAUAAUUGAGUGUCUAAGCAUUAAAUUUAUUAAAUAAUUGA